GCCAGUGGAAUGGAGAAUAAGUGCUGUGGUCACCCUCUGCUAUGCUCUUUGUCAGCCAUGUACGCAUUUCUGCUUGGAGCCAUUUUUAUUGCUUUAAGUUCAGGUCGCAUUCUACUGGUAAAAUACUCAGCCAAUGAAGAGAACAAAUACGAUUAUCUUCCAACAACUGUGAAUGUUUGCUCAGAACUGGUUAAGCUUGUUUUCUGUGUCCUUGUGUCAUUCUGGGUUAUAAAGAGAGAUCAUCAGAGUAGAAACUUGAAAUGUGCUUCCUGGAAGGAAUUCUCCAAUUUCCUCAAGUGGUCCAUUCCUGCCUUUCUUUAUUUCCUGGAUAACUUAAUUGUCUUCUAUGUCCUGUCAUAUCUUCAGCCUGCCAUGGCUGUUAUCUUCUCAAAUUUUAGCAUUAUAACAACAGCUCUUCUAUUCAGGAUAGUGCUGAAGCGGCACCUGAACUGGAUCCAGUGGUCCUCCCUCCUGAUUCUGUUUUUGUCCAUUGUGGCCCUCACUGCUGGGACUAGCACUUCACAACAUGAUUUGGCAGGACAUGGAUUUCAUCAUGAUGCUUUCUUUCGCCCAUCCAAUUCCUGCCUGCUUUUUGAACAAGGGAGCCCUAGCAAAGACAAUAGCACACCAAAGGAGUGGGUGUUUCCUGAAUCUAAGUGGAACACCACAGCAAGGAUUUUCAGUCACUUCCGCCUUGGCUUGGGCCAUGUUCUCAUUAUAGUCCAAUGUUUCAUUUCCUCAAUGGCCAAUAUCUAUAAUGAAAAGAUAUUGAAAGAAGGGAACCAACUCACCGAAAGCAUCUUUAUACAGAACAGCAAACUCUAUUUCUUCGGCGUCCUAUUUAACGCACUUACUUUGGGCCUUCAGAGCAGUAACCGUGAUCAGAUUAAGAACUGUGGAUUUUUUUAUGGUCACAAUGCCUUUUCGGUAGCCCUGAUUUUUGUCACUGCAUUCCAGGGUCUCUCAGUGGCUUUCAUCCUAAAAUUCCAGGACAACAUGUUCCAUGUUUUGAUGGCCCAGGUCACAACUGUCAUCAUCACAACAGUGUCUGUGCUGGUGUUUGACUUCAGGCCCUCCCUGGAGUUUUUCCUGGAAGCCCCAUCAGUGCUACUUUCUAUAUUUAUUUACAAUGCCAGCAAGCCUCAAGGUCUGGAAUAUGGAUCAAGGCAAGAAAGGAUCCGAGACCUGAGUGGCAGACUUUGGGAGCGCUCCAGUGGGGAUGGAGAAGAGCUCGAACGACUUACCAAACCCAAGAGUGAUAAUGAGUCUGAUGAAGAUACUUUCUAA